UCUGCGCUUUUUGUCGAGAUUAUUGCGCACAAACAUACAAACCACCUUUGCUCUUCAGCUCCCUAAUUUCUGCAUUCAGCUGUAAGAGCCUCUGAACUGAGUAAGACAAAUCACCGCAUUUCGUCUACUGUUUUUCUAUUCUCCUUCAAUAGCUCUGGACGCAUAUUUUCACCACAUACAUCAUGACUCUGUCUCCUGUAACUUCACAGGACAGUCUCAUCAGUCAUAGCAAAGAUGCUCAGGCAGCACUGAUAAGUCAAGUGGAUUCGUCGUUGGCGUCGACAUCUGAAAACACCUUAUAUCUGAGCAACAUUGCGCCCAAUAGAUAUGUCAUCUUGCUUACUUUGGCCUCUUCUAUCUCAGGAUUCAUGUUUGGUUACGACACCGGCUAUAUUUCCGCUGCGUUGGUGCAAGUAGGCACGGAUUUGCUGAACAAGGUGCUCACAAGUGGCGAAAAAGAACUCAUCACGUCGGCAACUUCGCUCGGAGCGUUUCUCGGCGCAAUCUUGGGCGGGAUCUUGGCCAACUUGGUUGGUAGAAAGAAGGUCAUUUUUGGCUCGAAUGUCUUCUUUAUCAUCGGCACAAUCGUGCAGCUCGUGGCCAAGACCGUGUGGACCAUGAUUGCCGGCAGAUUCGUGCUCGGAUUCGGUGUUGGGUCGGCGUCAUUAAUUGCGCCGCUUAUGCUCAGUGAAUUAGCCCCCGCAAAAUACAGAGGACGUCUCAUUGUGACAAACUGUAUUUUCAUCACCGGCGGCCAGUUGGUUGCAUACUUCAUUAACUGGGGCCUCACGAGAGUCGACCACGGCUGGCGUAUAUCUGUGGGUCUCUGCAUGGUGCCUGCUGUCGUCCAGCUGGCUCUCUUUGUUUUUCUCCCCGACACGCCCCGCUACUAUGUGAUCAAAGGCGACAAUGCCCGUGCAAAGGCCGUGUACAUGAGGGCUGAGUCCAGUGCGUCUGACGCAAUGGCCGAUGCCGUGAUUCAGGACAUGAUUGCAUCUAACUCGACAGUGCCAGGAAGCCCCCUUGUGCAGAUCUGGAGAUCCGUCAAGCUCACUCAUACCAAUCCUGCCAACUUCCGGGCCCUCAUUUUGGCCUGUGGUUUGCAAGGCAUUCAACAGUUCACUGGUUUCAACUCGUUGAUGUACUUCAGCACGACUAUUUUCGAAACGAUUGGCUUUGAGAACUCCACUGCCGUGUCGAUCAUCAUUGCUGCAACGAAUUUCGUGUUCACGCUCAUCGCCUUGGUCAUCAUCGACAUUGUUGGCCGCCGCCGUAUUUUGCUUUUCGCCAUUCCUGGUAUGUGUAUCGCCAUGGUUGUAUGUGCAAUUGCUUUCCAUUUUCUUGGGGUUGUGUUUAACUCGAAUGCCGAGGUUGUUGUCCAGACAACCGGUAUUUCUGGCUGGGGAAUCAUCGUCAUUCUUGGCAUGGUGGGAUUUGUGGCUUCGUAUGCAAUUGGAAUCGGAAACUCGGCCUGGACUGGUGUGGAGUUGUUUUCCGAUGUGAAUGUCAGAUCUGUGGGUGGAAUGUACGCUGCCGCAACAAACUGGGCCGGGUCCUUGAUCAUUGCGUCUACAUUCUUGACGAUGUUGGAGAACAUCACCCCCUCAGGAACCUUUGCAUUUUUUGCUGGGUUGUGUUUAAUUUCUUUCUUGUUCGUUUACUUCCUCCUUCCGGAUGUUGCCGGGUUGCAAUUGGAGCAGACCAGCGAGCUAUUGCAGGGUGGGUUCAACGUCAAGAAAGCAGGACAGUUGUCGAGAGAGGCUAGACGCCUCGCAAACCUAAAACCUGGCAAUGAGUCAGUAUAAUCAUUAAUAAAUUUGCCGCGGAAGUGGCUACCUGGAAUAUUCAUA